CUUUUGCUUACACCAGGUGCACGCCGGCUGCGGGGAGCACAAAGCGGGGCGCACCGAGGGCGCCGGCAGCGAGCCGGAGAGCUAGGCGAGGCCCGUGCGCCCGCGCCUGCAGCGCCCUCCGCGUGGGGAGAGGGGCUGGUGGCGUUAGCCCAGGCGGCGGCAUCCGCGCGGUGGCAUCCCUAGUUGCCCCGGGCGCCUUCUUCGGGACCUGGCCUCUCUCUGCCUCGCCCUCUGCACCCCACUUCUCCUGCCCUCCUUCCCAAUCCUGCCUGCUUCUGCCCCGACCCCCGAGAGUCGGAUUGAACCCAGGCCCGCGCAGCAGCUGUUGCUCGUGUCGUUGCCUCGCCUCCUGUCUUGGUGCUCUGCUGGGAGCCCCCCAAGGAGCCAGUACGCGCUGCGGGUUGGGAGGGAGGCGCCGCUCAGCCGGCAGUCCUCCUCCUCCUCCUGCUGCCGCGGCGGGUCCGUGCGCACCCCACAACCCCGCCAGCCGGGCCUCGGGCCCCCCUCCCCAAAAUACCCCACAGGGAUGGGGGAGAGUAACAGUUUGGAAUGAAGGCGAGGCAGAAAUGGGCAAAAGGCAGUGACAGGAGGCGAGCCCGCUGAAUUUCAGGGGCCAGCGCGGGGGAGGGUGUCGCCCGGCGAUCCACAGGAAGGAGGACUGCUGGGAUGUGAACGGGUAAGACAGCUGGGGCCGGAGAAGGGCGCGUAAAGGGGGUCUGGGGAGUUGGAAAGAGAAAGGAAGAGAUGGGAAGGAAGGUGGCAGGUAGUGGGAAGAGCUAAGAGGAAGCAUGUCUUGGUGGUGGCCUUGUUGUUAAAGAAAGGAGCAAGGGACACAAUUCACAAAGCACUGAAGUGUAAUGAAGCCCGAGCAUUCGGAAGGACCUACCCAGUGGUCGGGCAGUAUAAUUGGGGGAAAGACCUUACCCUACAUAUUUUGAGUCCAGAAGAAGUAGCAGCCUCAGGAGGCUUGUCAGGGAUGCUAAAAUGUCAGGGAACCUCGGUCCGUUCCAGGAACCAAAUAGGUGCUGGGUUCCCGCUCGGCCGGGGUCAGAGCAAGGAAAGUUUGCCAGCGAGUAUCCUCUGUGCUGCGUGGAGAGGGGUGUGGGCAGCCCCCCACUCGGCGUUUCCAAGGGACCUGCUGCGACCGCCUCCUGCGGUGGGAGUCCCUGCCUGGUAGGCUGGGGUGGUGAAGAAAGAUCCAACCGCGGAAACGGCGCCACGCGCCCAGGACUGGUGGAAAACCCGUCCCGGGACCCUUUAGAAGGGGUCGAGGUAGAUAUGCGGAGUGAGAACCUCGGAGGUGGUACCUGUUCUGGGUGAGGAGGAUCUUACCUGCUACGUUCACCGCUGUAUCCCCAUGGCCAAAUACAGUGCCUGGGAAUGAAAGAAUGAAUGCAUGAAUGGCCAGGGUGUGAAUAGUUUUGAGGCAUUUGAACUACACAGGCAAAAGCCAAGAGUCCGAGAAAAUGGAUCCUUCCCUAAAUCUCACGUCACCAUUAGCAUUUUCAUUUCCAGACCUACAUAGUAAAGGAAAGGCUAGAUUCAAUGCGGGAACAGGUAUUGCUGAUUUGGGCUUUUGCUUGUAGGAUUUUCUGAAAGACGGUAUGUUGUUUUGUUUGGCAGUGUGCUUUGGCACGAUAGUCUAAAUAACAUUACUCAAAUAUGCUUAUUACUUCAUUUUUAAGAGCUAGAACUAGAGAUGUUGAAAGUUCAGGAAGGCACUUUGAUCAGUAUAAAUCUAGAGUAAAAGUGGUGUUGUUGGCUUCUUGGCCAUGUGCGUCCCGAAGUCUCUGAUUUGCAUGCAAAUGUGAGCGAAUCCUGGCAGAUGUCUGGCCUCAUCCAUUCACAUGAAGGAAUUUGAAAAGACAAGGAGUCUUUAGUUAACAAUAGACCUUAAGAAAAUGGAAUAAAGGCGCAGUGUGAGUUUUUCUGUUUAGGAAUUCCAUAUCUUGCUGACACCUUCAAGAGCCAAAUUCUCUGAGUGCUAUUGUGUUGAAAGCUCAAAGUACUUCUUGCUCUUUACCUGGCUGUGUAUUUUGUGGAACAUUGAAGCUGCAUGUUCUGAGUUGGAUAGUGAGGAAAAUAUUUAUAUGAAGUAGGCUGUAACUUUAAUCCACUUCUGGUGGUUUGAGGUGAUUACUGAACUGCCCUUUCAACUUUUAGAGUUUCUUUUCUUUUCCUUUUAGUCAUUUUAUCUCCGGCUCACAUUUGCUCUCCAUCCUCAGAGCUAAAACAAUUAGGAAGAGACAGUUGUAAUUGACAUUCACUAGAAUGUUCACUGUUCAAGCAAAAUUAUUUUAGUUCUUAAGGCAUCAAACUUGUAGAAGUGAAGGUGAUGAAACCGGCAUGUUCCUAGUCACCUAAUGGGUUUUCGGGCCACAGGACAAAACCAUGAGUGGAAGGCAGUCCAAACUAGGGGAAUCUCCGCCUUGUUUAACAUUAGCUAAUAGACCACUGCUUGCUCACCUCCUAGAGUAGUGCGACUACUGAACAAAAGGCCAGCGGUGUGGGCUGCACGUGAGCCCUGGGAUUAUACCUACUGACAAACCAGCCUCCUUGGCCUCUUCUUUUGUCAGUCUGAAACAUUGUUGAAGAGAAAAAAGAACCUAUUCACUAAACAGUGCUUGCCCAGUAUUCUGUAUAUUCACUGAAAGGGACAUUAAAAUCCACCCCCCACCCCAAGACAACAUUGUUUUCAGGGCUCAGUGUUUGUGGGGGAGGGGUGCACAACAGAUGUUAGUCUGCUAUUUUACAUGUUUCCUUUAAGUUAUUUUUGCUGGUUCAGUGACUUUUACACAUAAGGCAGUAUUUUUCCCAGGAGGGGAAAACUGAAUUGAGUCAAAUUUAAGUAAGAAAAUGUUAAAGCCAAGAUUUCAUUUUAUGUCUUAAUGCUAUCAAGAAGUCAGAAAGUAACAAAUCAUUAGAAUACACACAUAUGUGACUUAAGCCUGAGAUUCGGUCUUCAUUAUGCACUUGAGAGUUAACUAUAAAAUACAGUUGACUUUUCUAAAUUAGGUUGUAAACUAUUUUACUGUAAAUUAUCUAGGUAUUUUUGACACAAACCUGGUAACUUUAAACUGACCACAGCCUCACAUUUGUAAGAAAUUCUCUUUGGUUAUUAUCCUGCCUAUGUGAUAUCUUUGCCAGUCUAAUGAAAGGGAAGAUUAGAGCAUAGUCCUUGGCAAAUAAAAGUAAUAAAGUACUUAUUAUUGUAAAAAAAAUCACUGUGCUAAAUAAAAUCUUAGACCAGAUCUAACUGCAGACUCUGCCGCUGAACAAUAACACACGGAGCUCUGGAUAGUGUCUGGAAUUCAAAAACAGCAAGGAAAAACUCACCCAUUGAUCUCUCUCUGGUUGGGGCCUGCUAAGGCUAGCUUCUUGACCUGAAUUGCUAGAGCAAUUACCACAUAUCCUAAAGCAGUGACACUCAUGGCAACAAACUGGUAGGUACUAAAGAAAAUCUGCCUCCACAGAGUUAUAGUGCUACUUUCUAAGCCAGUUGGGUAUGACUAUAAAUAAACAGAAUGGUGGGCUUUUUAUGCCACCAUAAAUAAUCAUAUAUCAUAAAUAAAAUAUGGUAAAUUAUAGGAUCUGCAUGUCAUUUUUGCUAGACUUUCAUAAUGCUUUCUUAAAAUUUAUUUUAGGCUACAAAAUAAUAGUUCUUUGAAUGAUUCACUUGAGCACUAAUGUAAGGUUGCUUAACUAUUAUAUUUAAUUUUUCAAAAUUAUUAUGCUGAAUAUCUACUUGGGGUUAAGCCAAUCUGGAGAUAAAGCAAAUUCCAUUUUAGAAUCAUAUUUUGGUUUCUGGGAACAAUGGAAGUUUCUUUGACUCAUGAAUAUAGCUUUGAUUAAUAUUUUAUUCAGGGUGAAAAUAUAAUUAUAUAGAUGAAGUCAGGAAAACCCAUAUUCUCUCUUGUUUUUGGCUUAAAAUAUAGGAUAGAGACAAAAGUUAAACCCUAUGAGUACAAUUCAGUAGUUACUGUCCAAGGGAACCCUUUGCUCUACAAGUCUUCUCAAAUGAAAUUUGUUUUUUUAAUUUUUUCUUUUAGGAUAUUACUGUUCACCUAUUUUAUAGAUCUGUUACAGACUGUGGCCUCCAAGUGUUAAACCAUAGACAGACAUGUAAUAAAUAGUUCAUUGACAUUGCAUUUACGACACGUGAUAAAAUAUUAUAGUAUAUGUUUCCAGAGCCAUGGCACCUACAGAACUGGUACCCAUAUUAUUCAAUAAUGAAAGUCUAUACUAUUUUGUGUUACACUGCUUUUUGAAAAAGAAACACGUAGGCUUACAUCUUUUUUACUUUUUGACUAUUCUCCAAAGGUCUAGCAAAGGUAGAAUGUUAUCAGCAAUUUUAUUAGUUAUUUAACUGGGAAACAAGCUACUGUCUAGUCACAGCUAGGUUAUCUUAGCUGUUUCUUAACCCUGCCAAUCCUGUAACGUGAUAAUGUUGAGUGACUAGCUCUGGAAGGACUAACUUUCAGUGAAACUGCUAAAGGGUUUGAGGAAGCUGUGCUUCAAAUGCCAUAACUAACAAACAUUGAACUUGGAUCGAACCACUGUACUUACCAGACUGACCGUCAUCCCUGACAUGCAGAGAAACUCAGCUUAAACUUUCAGUGAUACACACUGAAGUUCCAUCAUUUUGCACUUAGGAUGCUGGUGCAUCUACUUACAACACUUAGUUUUGAAAGCUAUGGGAUGAAACUGCUUUUAUGUGGCUUAUUGCCUUCCAUUUACACUCUUUAUAGCAAAGGGUUUGGAAUGUUAUUUGAAAGCUUCGAUUAAUAUAAAUGAGUAGUAAUUUUCCGACCCAGGCCAUCCUGCCUCUCAUCUAUUAUACCACUGGCAGACAUGUGGACUCCACAGCUGUCCCCUCAUUUGUGUAUGAAACAGACACACUGGUGGCAUUUUUUGGUUCCCAUAGUUACAGUAACAAUAUACAUGUGACAUGACGCCCUUCUACGGGAAAGGUUUUUGUGUUUUGUAGAACUGGGAGUAAAGGACAACGAAGUAAAGUUUGGGGGAUACAUAAAUUAAUCUGCCAUUGUUUUCUGGAGCCACUUGUUUCAAUCACAGGAGGAGAGCUGUCCCUCAGUGGUGUCCAGAAAAGGGCAAUUGCGAGACUUCGGCUAACAAAGAUUUCCAAGGGAGGCAUUUCCAACAAUGCCUAACCUCUAUAGGAGAAUGUCCAUUAAAUAUUCAUUUCAAAAUAUUUGCUCGUCCUAUUUAUGACUGCCCUUUGUGAGAUAAUGUAUUAGCGUAGUCAUUUUCAAUUCAUACAGGAAAAAAAGACAGCACCAGUAUUAGCAUCCAUCUCAGCAAGACCUAAGAGACAAAAAAUCAGUUUGCACUAUUAAGCAGUAAGCACAAAGAGAGAAUCUUCAUUUAGGAACACUAAAAAGCUUUACAAAGAAAGAAAGGUUGCUUAAUUGGUUUCAUGCCUAUAAUUUUCCCCUCUAGAAAAAAAUGUUAGUGUGGCAAUAAAGAAUAUCAUUAACCUGCAUUGUUAUUUCACAAUAGUAAUAAGUCUUAAUUUGCAUCCAUAAUAAUCACUGUAAUCAAGUACUGUCCAGGGAGUCAGGAAGGCGCAGGCUCAUUUCCCAGCUCUGACACUAAUGCCUGAAUGUGUGACCUUCUAGAUGUCCUGCAACCCGCCUGGUACUUCAUGUCCCUAACUGAGUUGUUUCAAAGGUGCAGAAAUGCUAGAAGUGUCUAGUAUUAGCACUGCAAAGAAUUUUAUUUCUGCCCUAAAUGCCAUGAUUGGACGGAGAGCUAAAGGUGUGGGGAACAUAGCCAUGAUGCUCUUUUCUGCAAGGUAUUUUUUCUGGCUUCUAAUCUCACAGCUAAGAGAUUUUUUUGUUGUUCUUUUAAAAAUUUUCUCCUCCUAAUGUGAUAAUUCCCUAUCACCUCACCUGGGUCUUCUUGAGGGAAAUAAUUUUACCUGGGAUACAGGAAGCUGUUUAUGUUCUUGGAACACUCAUUCACCCAGUGAAUAUAUCCUGAGCCCCAGCUGUGUGCCAGGCAUUAUAGGAGGUACUAAAACCAAAAGAAAUUAGCUUGAUUUUUCUGCAGCUUGUACAUUAAAUCCAUCAGAAGCAGUUUGUUUCCAUCAGUCACGUAUUCUUCUACAAAUAGUUAUAGAGUGAAGAAGGCACUUUGCUAGAUCUAGCACAGGGGUUUUUAACUGGGGGUGAUUCGACCUCCCCACCCCACCCAUCCCUACCUCCAGGAGGAACUUGGCAAUAUUUGGAGACAUCUUUGGCAGUUGUCACAACUAAAGGUGGGGGAUGCUACUGGCAUCUAAUGUGUAGAAGCCAGGGAUGCCGGUAAACAUCCUAAAAUGUAUAGGAUGGUCCCCCCAUGACAAAGAAUUAUUUGGUCCAGUGUCAAUAGUACCAAAGUUUUGACAAACCCUGUUCUAACAGACAUUGACUCUGCCCCUGAGUUAAUGUCUAUUUGGUGUUAUAGAAAGGAGAGUGACAGGUGCAAUAAAGUGUGCUGUGAUGGCAAAAGUGUGAGCUACAAAAGUACAGAAGCAGGGGCCUUGGCCAUUGGCAAAGGCUUUAAGAAACCUUCUGGUUAAUUUACAGAACAGGCUAUCACCUGCAACACAAGUAUUUGGCAGGAGACCAUUUUAAAUCUAGUCUCACUGAACACCAGUGAGUGGGAUGGUUGCUUUAGAGAGGGUAGACGCCUCUGAAUUGGUUAGAAUUCAGAGUGUCUUGAGCAAGCAGAAGAGGAGGCUAGAAACAGAAUCAAAGUCAGUUGCAAGAAACAUAACAGCACAUGCUGCAUAAAAAGAAGAUGGGCUGCACUGACAAAAUGAAUAGUGCCUCAUGUUUUACAACUUCACAUUUUGCAGAGUCCUUAAAUAUGUAUCUCAUUUGACCUCUACUAUUCUGAGACACCAAAUAUCAUUCUUUCUCUCUUUUUUCAAUAACUAAGGGACCAGAGCCAUGGAGCAGUUUAGUGUGACCUUGGACAAGUCACUUAAUACAUUUCUAAGUUGUAAAAGAAAAAGGGUUGCAAUUUUCUUUUUCCUAGCUUAAGUUGAACUUGUGUAAGAUCAUACAUCUAGGGUAAGACUGGAUCUGGGAUAAGACCUGAGGCUCCUUGCUUGUACCAAGCCUGUUUCCUGAACUGUGGUGACAGAACAGGUAAUAUGACAGUGACUCAGCACUUUAGCUCUUGGGUUACCAAGGAGAGCAAGGACCUGGGAUGUAUCAGUUAAAAUGUAUCAUGCAGGGAAAUUUAAGCUGGGUUUCCCAGACACCUAAGAACUAAUCAGACUUUCUCUCUAAUGUCUUACCUUAAACUGACCUUAGAGGCUUAAAAAAAUAACUUGUGACAAGCUGGGAAGAAAGGUUCAUAGGCUAAAGAUGGCUAGGAUAAGAAAAUGAGAUAGCCCAGAAGAUGAAAGAGAACUGAGGGUGUUCUGCCUACAAAAGAAAAGUGAUAGUGGCAUGGUUUUCUGGUUUUGUUUGGCAGGGGUAUUUUAACUUUGUAUAUACAUACACACAUGUGCACACACAUACACACAAACAGAGGAGACAUACUUGAUUUCAUACUGAGAAGCGUAUGUUUUUGUUUCAAUAAUAAGUCUUGUUCAUCAAAAUGAGCUUUGUAAAGAGCCUUCUCUCAAGUUCUUAAAGAUGUAUGUAACUUCUCACUUCUCUAGGAUAGUGUAACGUUCUCUUGUGAGAAGCUACAUGACCAUUUAAGGUCCUUUUCACCUUCAUAAUUCUGUGAUUUCCAUGAGUGCUAUAGUUAUAUAGGACUUCAGCUCAUGUCCAGAACACUGAUGGAAUCUAUAGUAACUCAUCCAACCAUGAUAGAACCACUGAAGACAUUGGAGUGGCAAUUAACUGGAUUUCUCUGCUUGUUCUUCCAGCUCAUUAUGGUUCUGUGCAGUAAGGACUACAUGUAAAGUUUAACACUCCCAAAGGACUAGUUAGUUCUGCUAUGUCCUGUGGGGACAACCUGUCUCUGGAAUCCCAGCCAACCUCCUCACAUACUCACAAACUCAUCAUUUCUCACCUGGGAAACCAGGUGAAAAACUUGAGUGUCUUCAAAGCCAUCUGAAGGAAAAAACACAAAGUACAUGAGCAAAUGCAGCACCACCUCUGUGCAGGUCUUCUGUGAGCUGGUGAUACAGUUGUGAGCAAGACAGAUGAAAUGUGGUCCAUUCCCACGUGGGGCUUGCCAACUGAUAGAGCCACAUCUGGCUGGUGUUAACAUGAAAGAGGUGACGGAUGUUGAGUGUUCAAGAUCCUCCAAGAGAUUUAGAUGGAUUACUCUGAAUGGAAACAAAAAGAGGAAUAAAUUUCUGGAGGCAAUGAUAUUUGGAAAAUUAUUGCUCUCUGAGGCACAUCUCCAGACUUUGAUUUGGCUGAAGUAACUUCUACCACAGAGCUGUGGGCAUGCCUGGGAUUGAGAAACACAGUUAAAAGACUCCCAGUUGCUUCUUGCCUUUUGAAAACUUCUGAAAACCAUCCCUUCAGACCCCAGAAUUGUACCCAUCUCAACCAAGACUUUGCUUGAAUGUUUACAUUUUCUGCUUCCUAUUCUACCUAUCACUAUUUAGCAUUCACCUUUUGUUAAAAUUUAGGAGUGUCAGGAUUGAGCUUGCUCAGCAAGCCAGCAUGGCUAGAAUGAGCUUUGUGUUAGCAGCUUGCCAAUUGGUGCUGGGCUUGCUAAUGACUUCAUUAACUGGGUACUCCCUACAAAAUAGUGAGUGUCCACAACUUUGCGUAUGUGAAAUUAGGCCCUGGUUCACCCCGCAAUCCACAUACAGAGAAGCCACCACUGUUGAUUGCAAUGAUCUCCGCUUAACAAGGAUUCCCAGCAACCUUUCUAGUGAUACUCAAGUGCUUCUCUUACAGAGCAAUAACAUCGCAAAGACCGUGGAUGAGCUCCAGCAGCUUUUCAACUUGACUGAGCUAGAUUUCUCCCAAAACAACUUCACAAAUAUUAAGGAGGUCGGGCUAGCAAACCUGACCCAGCUCACUACUCUACAUUUGGAGGAAAAUCAGAUUACGGAAAUGACUGAUUACUGUCUGCAGGACCUCAGCAACCUUCAAGAACUCUAUAUCAACCAUAACCAGAUUAGCACUAUUUCUGCUAAUGCUUUUUCAGGCUUAAAAAAUCUUUUAAGGCUCCACUUGAACUCCAAUAAAUUGAAAAUCAUUGAUAGCCGCUGGUUUGAUUCAACACCCAACCUGGAAAUUCUCAUGAUUGGGGAAAACCCUGUGAUUGGAAUUCUGGAUAUGAACUUUAAACCCCUCUCAAAUUUGAGAAGCCUGGUUUUGGCAGGAAUGUAUCUCACUGAUAUUCCUGGAAAUGCCUUGGUGGGCUUGGAUAGCCUUGAAAGCCUGUCUUUUUAUGAUAACAAACUGGUCAAGGUCCCCCAACUUGCCCUGCAAAAGGUUCCAAAUUUAAAAUUCUUAGACCUCAACAAAAACCCCAUCCACAAAAUCCAAGAAGGGGACUUCAAAAAUAUGCUUCGGCUAAAAGAACUAGGAAUCAACAAUAUGGGGGAACUUGUUUCUGUGGAUCGCUAUGCCCUUGAUAACUUGCCUGAACUCACAAAGUUAGAAGCCACCAAUAACCCCAAAUUAUCUUAUAUCCACCGCUUGGCUUUUCGAAGUGUUCCUGCCCUGGAAAGCUUGAUGUUGAACAACAAUGCCUUGAAUGCUGUUUACCAAAAGACAGUAGAAUCCCUUCCCAAUCUUCGUGAGAUCAGUAUCCAUAGCAACCCCCUGAGGUGUGACUGUGUCAUCCACUGGAUUAACUCCAACAAAACAAACAUCCGCUUCAUGGAGCCUUUGUCCAUGUUCUGUGCCAUGCCACCUGAAUAUAGAGGGCAGCAGGUAAAGGAAGUUUUAAUCCAAGAUUCAAGUGAACAGUGCCUCCCAAUGAUAGCUCAUGACACAUUCCCAAAUCAUUUAAACAUGGAUAUUGGCACAACAGUUUUCCUAGAUUGUCGGGCCAUGGCUGAGCCAGAACCCGAAAUUUAUUGGGUCACUCCUCUUGGAAAUAAGAUAACUGUGGAUACACUUUCAGAUAAAUACAAGCUAAGUAGCGAAGGUACUUUAGAAAUAUCUAACAUACAAAUUGAAGACUCAGGAAGAUAUACUUGUGUCGCCCAGAAUGUUGAAGGGGCUGACACACGUGUAGUGACAAUUAAGGUUAAUGGAACCCUUCUGGAUGGUACCCAGGUGCUGAAAAUAUAUGUCAAGCAGACAGAAUCUCAUUCCAUCUUAGUGUCCUGGAAAGUCAAUUCCAAUGUCAUGACAUCAAACUUAAAAUGGUCAUCUGCCACCAUGAAGAUUGACAAUCCUCACAUAACCUAUACUGCCAGGGUCCCGGUAGAUGUUCAUGAGUACAACCUAACACAUCUGCAGCCUUCUACAGAUUAUGAAGUGUGUCUCACAGUGUCUAAUAUUCAUCAGCAGACUCAGAAGUCAUGUGUGAAUGUCACAACUAAAAAUGCCGCCUUUGCACUGGACAUUUCUGAUCAAGAAACAAGUACAGCCCUUGCUGCAGUAAUGGGGUCCAUGUUUGCCGUCAUUAGCCUUGCAUCUAUUGCUGUGUACAUUGCCAAAAGGUUUAAGAGAAAAAACUACCACCACUCAUUAAAAAAGUAUAUGCAAAAAACUUCUUCAAUCCCACUAAAUGAGCUGUACCCACCACUCAUUAAUCUCUGGGAAGGUGACAGUGAGAAAGACAAAGAUGGUUCUGCAGACACCAAGCCAACCCAGGUUGACACAUCCAGAAGCUAUUACAUGUGGUAACUCAGUGGAUAUUUUGCUUCUGGUAGUAAGGAGCACAAAGACGUUUUUGCUUUAUUCUGCAAAAGUAACAAGUUGAAGACUUUUGUAUUUUUGACUUUGCUAGUUUGUGGCAGAGUGGAGAGGACGGGUGGAUAUUUCAAAUUUUUUUAGUAUAGCGUAUCGCAAGGGUUUGACACGGCUGGCAGCAUCUCUAGGCUUCCAGUUUGUGUUUGGUUUUUAUUCUUAUCAUUAUUAUGAUUAUUAUUAUAUUAUUAUUAUAUUAUUAUUAUUAUUUUGUUUUAGUUGUUGUGCUAAACUCAAUAAUGCUGUUCUAACUACAAUGCUCAAUAAAAUGAUUAAUGACAGGUUGGGGUUCCCUGUGCUUUUACCAAUAGCAUGACCCCUUCUGAAGCCAUCAGUAGAAAGUACAAAGUCCUCCAAAAAGCUAACACAGUUGUGAAGCAGCAUUGAACCUUUUGUAGCAAUCUGGUCUACAGACUUUUUAACUCAAGAAGCUAAGGCUAGACUUGUUACCUUCGUUGAAUGAUGUUAGUUGACUGUACUGUAAUGUUGUAUCAACUGAAUUGAAUGUUUGCCUUUGAACAAUGACUUUUCCUUUUUUGUAAUAGUUAAAGAGGCUUAGAACAAGCUAACAGGCAAUAGAAAUAUGUAUAUCAGAUUUUUUAUGUAACAAUCUACAUGUUAAUUGUUACCUUAUUCUUUUUAUCUUUAGUAGACACUUUUAAAAGAAAAGACAAUUUUGUUGUGUUUAACUCACCAACAUGUGGUGUAUAAUGAAGACAGAACUAUAAUAAAUUAGUUUUGUUCUGAUUUUUUUAGAA